AUGCCGCGAAGACCGCACAAAAAGUCUCGAAAUGGCUGUCUCGCCUGCAAAAAAAGGCACAUCAAGUGUGAUGAACAUCGCCCUCGAUGUAUUAAUUGCCAGACCGCCGAGCUGGGCUGCAACUUUGCUUCAAGCACAUCCCCUCCAUCGAUGAAGGCCACAGCCACGGAAACCAAUGUUGCGCGUGCAUCUCAGCCGUCUACUCCAGACCAGCGAGGACCGCAGGGCCACGAGCAAUCCAGUAUUGUGCCCCUUGUUACGCCUUCUGGGCCAUUUGACCCGAACCUAAAUAUGCAGCAUCUGGAACUCUUGCACCAAUUCCUCACUUCCACAUACAAAACAUUCCACGCCGAAGGACCUGUACAGUAUAUAUGGCAAGGAACGGUAGUUCGUAUGGCCUUAUCCUUCCCUUUCCUCAUGCACGAGCUGUUGGCAAUCUCGGCGCUGCAUCUCGCACACACGAAGCCUGACAACGCCACAUGGUACCAUACUGCAUCUACGGAACUACAAACUUUGGCUCUCAACCAGUUCAACAGCGUAGAGAGGGACAUCAACGCCUCAAAUUGUGGCGCCGUUCUCUUCUUUUCCUUGCUGCUUGCGGUUCAUAUCCUCGCCGACCCCUCUCGCACGGCUGGCCUAGAUUCGAACCAGUAUCUCGACCACGUCAUCGACUGCGUCAUGCUUAUGCGCAACGUCCCCAAACUCAUCAUCAAAGACUGGUACCAAUAUCUGAAGCAGACCGAACUCAAAACAAUGUUCGAAAUCCAACAGCCUCAGAAACCUUACCAAAUUCCUCAGCCUUGCCGCGACUUGUCCAAGUUAAACACGAAUCCAGACCUGGCAGACCAAUCAAGGGACGCAUACGAAUCAGCGAUUGAGAGGCUGCAGUGGGCGUUUGCGGUAUCCAAAGUGCCUGAUGAAAGACACACAACCAUCCGCUGGUUAAUGGCGUGGCCCGUACAGCUCAAACCCGACUUCCUCGAAAGACUCAAUCAACGGAGACCCGAAGCCUUGAUUAUCCUGGGAUACUUUGCAGCCUUGAUGACAUUUUAUACAGAAUGUUGGGCCGUGGGGGACUCUGGUCGUAUUCUGAUUGAGGCCAUAUCCUCACACCUCGGACCUCACUGGUCGGAGUGGAUGGAGUGGCCGAUCUCGUUGAUUGCAGCGAGGAACGGUGGCUAG